CUGUUCUCUCUGUCCUCCUCUCUAUAUUGGAGCCUCCCUCUCUCUCGACGACGUCUUCUCCAGUUCCGUUUUGCUUCGAUCACGGAGGUGGAGGUGUUGUAUUAGCCAUAUAAUUCUUUGUUUGGGGGGGUUUAGUGAAAGAUGAUUCCUUAUGCAGCUGGUGUCAUUGUGCCUUUGGCUUUAACGUUCUGGGUUCAGAAAUCUAAGAAAGAAAAGAAAAGAGGUGUUGUUGUUGAUGUUGGUGGUGAACCAGGUUAUGCCAUUAGGAAUCACAGGUUUACUGAUCCUGUUAGUUCCCAUUGGGAACAUAUCUCAACUCUUCCAGAGCUCUUUGAGAUUUCUUGUAAUGCUCACAGCGAUAGGGUUUUCCUUGGCACCCGGAAGCUGAUCUCUAGAGAGAUUGAGACUAGUGAGGAUGGAAAAACAUUUGAGAAACUUCAUUUGGGUGACUACGAGUGGCUUACUUUUGGGAAGACACUCGAAGCUGUGUGUGAUUUUGCCUCUGGGUUGGUUCAAAUUGGACACAAGACGGAAGAACGUGUUGCCAUUUUUGCAGAUACUAGAGAAGAAUGGUUCAUUUCCCUACAGGGUUGCUUCAGGCGAAACGUCACUGUGGUAACUAUCUAUUCAUCUUUGGGAGAGGAAGCUCUUUGUCACUCUCUGAAUGAGACAGAGGUCACAACCGUAAUAUGUGGUAACAAAGAACUCAAAAAGCUCAUGGACAUAGGACAGCAGCUUGAAACUGUGAAACAAACUUGGCCGCGAAACCCUGUGGACCCUAAUUUUCCUCUCUCAGCAGACGUUGCUGUUAUAAUGUACACCAGUGGAAGCACUGGACUUCCCAAGGGUGUUAUGAUGACGCAUGGUAAUGUCCUAGCUACAGUUUCGGCAGUGAUGACAAUUGUUCCAGACCUUGGAAAGAGGGAUAUAUACAUGGCAUAUUUACCUUUGGCUCACAUCCUUGAGUUAGCAGCUGAGAGCGUAAUGGCUACUAUUGGGAGUGCUAUUGGAUAUGGGUCUCCCUUGACGCUCACGGAUACUUCAAACAAGAUAAAAAAGGGUACAAAAGGAGAUGUCACGGCACUAAAGCCCACCAUAAUGACAGCUGUUCCAGCCAUUCUUGAUCGUGUCCGGGAUGGUGUCCGCAAAAAGGUUGAUGCAAAGGGCGGAUUGUCAAAGAAAUUGUUUGACUUUGCAUAUGCUCGGCGAUUAUCUGCAAUCAAUGGAAGUUGGUUUGGAGCCUGGGGAUUGGAAAAGCUUCUGUGGGACGUGCUUGUGUUCAGGAAAAUCCGUGCAGUUUUGGGAGGUCAAAUCCGCUACUUGCUCUCUGGUGGUGCCCCUCUUUCUGGUGACACUCAGAGAUUCAUUAACAUAUGCGUUGGGGCUCCAAUCGGUCAGGGAUAUGGGCUCACAGAGACUUGUGCUGGUGGAACCUUCUCGGAGUUUGAGGACACAUCCGUUGGCCGUGUUGGUGCGCCACUUCCUUGCUCCUUUGUUAAGCUAGUAGACUGGGCGGAAGGUGGGUAUCUAACCAGUGAUAAGCCCAUGCCCCGUGGUGAAAUUGUAAUUGGUGGCUCAAAUAUCACGCUUGGGUAUUUCAAAAAUGAGGAGAAAACUAAAGAAGUGUACAAGGUUGAUGAAAAGGGGAUGAGGUGGUUCUACACAGGAGACAUAGGACGAUUUCACCCUGAUGGCUGCCUCGAGAUAAUAGACCGAAAAAAGGAUAUCGUUAAACUUCAGCACGGAGAAUAUGUCUCCUUGGGCAAAGUUGAAGCUGCUCUCAGUAUAAGUCCAUAUGUUGAAAACAUAAUGGUUCAUGCUGAUUCAUUCUACAGUUACUGUGUGGCUCUUGUGGUCGCGUCCCAACAUACAGUUGAAGGUUGGGCUUCAAAGCAAGGAAUAGACUUUGCCAACUUCGAAGAGCUGUGCACGAAAGAACAAGCCGUGAAAGAAGUGUAUGCGUCUCUUGUCAAGGCGGCUAAACAAUCAAGAUUGGAGAAGUUUGAGAUACCAGCAAAGAUCAAAUUGUUGGCAUCUCCCUGGACGCCAGAGUCGGGCUUAGUCACAGCAGCUCUAAAGCUGAAAAGAGAUGUAAUUAGGAGGGAAUUCUCUGAAGAGCUCACCAAGUUAUAUGCCUAAACUUUUCUUCUUCCUCUACUUUGUUUUUAAUUCCCAAUGCAUUCGAAAGACACAACAGAUGCACAAACUUAAUUCUAAGAAUAGUUAUCUCUUCUCUUUGAUGUCUUUUCGUAUAAUUUGUGUGGGAACUGUGGCGAGACAGAAAAAAAGAAAGAUAUGGGUCUCAA